AGCCAGUGAAGCAACCUCUCAGUAGAGUUCCCACUGCCAUGAACAGAACCUGUUGUCUGAAGGAUCACAUCUGGCAGGCUGUCCAGAGAGAGAAGACUAGCAUCAAGGAGUUACUGGAACUGGAAGAGAGACUGGGUCCUGCUCAGCCACGGGCCUCUCCAGAGAUGAAAUCAGUAGGCUGCCAUCAAGAACUCGAAAGACGGAGACAACAAGAG